UUGUGAUCUUGAAGCUUUCAUAAUUAAUAACUUUAAGAAUAGUGAAGCAAAAAAUGAUCCUGUUGAAUUUUCUGUAAUAGUAAAAAUUAAAAGAAAGUUAGCUAAUGAUGAAACACUAUCAUCUGAAUUAGACUACAAUAAAGAAGAUAUAAAGUUUUGCAAUAUUGUUAAUAUUUUAAUUAUUUCUCUUUAA